AUGGCCCGUGCAGCAGAGCGCCCUGAGGCGCUGGUGCUAUCCCUUCUCCAGCUGGUGGUGGCACUUGUGCUGGUGGUGACGGUGGCGGCGGCUCCUCCACCACCAUCGAAGACAUCUCGACAUGUUGGCAGGCGACUUGCCCAGGACCAGGGCGGCUCCAACACCGCAAGCACCGCUCAAGCCAUCGCGCAGGCCAUCUCAGGCGGCAACACGAGCGCUGCCGCCACCGCGAUAGCUCAGGCGGCCGCACAGCAGCUUCACUGGUGUGUGGGUAACACACAGGCGCUGGCCGCAGCGCUCGCUCUGGCCUCCGCCUCCGGAGACACACAGGCGCUGGCGCAGGCUGUAGCUCAGGCCGUCACCCAACAGGGAGCCAAUGCAUCGGCUGUAGCGCAGGCGCUGGCCAGUGCGACAUCCGGCGGUGCCCCAACGGGAGUCUGCGGCGGCGGCGACGCCACGGCGGCGGCGCAGUCACUGGCUACAGCCGUUGCUACCGCCACCGCCCGGGCCUACGCCAGCGCCGAGGCCAGUGUAACCGUUACAGGUUCCGGCAGCGGCUGCGCCAACGCCGCCGCCGCGGCCACCGCCACCGCCCGCGCUGUUGCGAGUGCCGUGGCGGAGGCCUUCGCCGCCGCCAGCAACGGAUGCGCCCAAGCGGUGGCGGCGACGCGCGCGGAGUCCCUUCAGGAGUCCAUCGCUACAGCCACCGCCACCGCCGCCGCCAGCGCUUGCUCGACAGGUGGUACGGCAGCUGCCAGCACCACCGCCGUCGCCACCGCCGUUGCAAACGCCACCGCCUCGGCGUUCGCUCAGGCCUUGGCGGCCGUCAGUGGCCCCUGCGGCUCCUGCCGUAUCCUCACCACCGUCACACCCUCACCCUCACCCUCGCCGUCCCCAAGCCCGUCGCCGUCGCCAUCGCCAUCGCCAUCGCCAUCGCCGUCACCGUCACCGUCGCCGUCGGCCGACAUGGCGUCUCUGCCGUCGUCCGGCAUCACCGCGCCGAAAUGUUUCGGUUGGACUAAGUCCCUUUGCUGUGAUCAGUGGGACCGGUCCUCAACCACCUGUAACUGCGUGCCGUGA